AUGACGGUCGAAAAUACAGACUACCAAAAGCUCGGCGAUCCCGCGCUGCUGAGCAAAAUCGAUGCUCUUCUAGCCUGUGGGGUAGGAGAAUAUGUUGAUCUGCCGCAGAUUGUCGUUGUUGGCGAUCAGUCAAGCGGCAAGAGUUCGGUCCUGGAGGGACUGACGAAGCUACCUUUUCCGCGCAAUAGCGGUCUUUGUACGAGAUUUGCAACCCUGAUCACCUUCCGCCGUUCAGAAGCGAAGCGUAUCUCAGUGUCUAUCAGACCCCAUGUGAAUUCAGACAAGGAGCAUGCCGCAAAGGUGCGGGCUUGGAAGAGUGAGUGGGAGACUUUAUCGGCGCGUUCGUUUGGCCAAAUAAUGGAAGAGGUCUAUGAAGUGAUGGGGCUAUCGGGGCCCGAGGGCAAAUCGGGCGGGAAGACUUUCUCGAACGAUGUUCUUCAGCUGGAAAUAUCUGGGCCAGAAGAGGAUCAUUUGAGUGUUAUUGACGUCCCUGGGAUAUUCAAGAAUACGACUGAGGGCAUUACGACCAAAAGUGAUAUCGAAAUGGUGCGCGAGAUGGUGUAUAGCUACAUGCGAAACCCUAGAUCUAUUAUGCUCAUAGUCGUGCCAGCGAACGUCGAUAUCGCCACCCAGGAAAUUGUCGAGAUGGCGAGGGAGCUCGACCCAGAAGGUGAGAGAACUCUUGGUGUACUCACCAAGCCGGAUCUCGUGGAUAGGGGGGCGGAGAGCGACAUAGUUGACCUGAUCAGUGGGAAACGACCAGGAAACCGAGUACAAUGGAGCGUGGUGCGGAAUCCGGGGCAGAAGGAUUUGUGUGAUCAAAACACAGACCGGCAAGCGGAAAUGCGUCUCUUCCGCGAUGUGUCGCCCUGGAAUACCUUGGACCAAGACCGUGUUGGCAUCAGUGCUCUACGUAAGCGCCUACAGGAAGUAAUCACUUCUCGGACUCGCCAUGAGUUUCCUAAGGUCAAAGCGGAAAUUAGCAAGCGCCUUCAAGCCAGCCGCCGAAUGCUUCAAGCCCUUGGCGCUGAACGCGAUACUCCCGAGAAGCAGCGAGCAUUCCUAGUUGAUUUAGCGACACAGUACGAAAGAGUGACUUCCCACGCAAUGUCUGCUAACUAUGGGGCGGAUGAUCUCUUCGACAAGCAUAAAGAACUGAGAAUAGCAACUAAGGUCACUCAAAGGAACGAGGUAUUUUCUGAAGACAUGGAAUCUUGGGGCCACGAGCGACCUACUGAUAUGUCCAACGAUGGCAAUGAUUUGGACGCACCUGAGGAUACUAUCACGAUUCGGGAAACCGCCGACCUAGAUGACUUGGAGGAUAUUUUACAACCCCAGGAAUGCGUACUCCCACCUUCUCCAGGUAUCACCCACUGGCUACGCACCUUAUACAAGGAUUACCGUGGAUUUGAACUCGGAACAUUUGCGUCAACUCUUCUAGCAGCUCUUAUGAAAGAACAGUCCAAGAAGUGGGACUUGCUAGCAUUAGGCUACAUCAGCGACAUUAUGGUUAUGACGCAUUCAUACGUUCUCUGUCUCCUUGAAGCGAUCUGCAUCGAUGAACGAAUUAAGUCCGGUUUAAUGUCCGUCCUUAUGGAUGGCCUCCUCGAGAGGCAUAGCAAAGCAAGGGACCAGGUCGUGUUCCUACUCAGCAUUGAGAGGGCAGGCCUUCCUGCCACACUAAAUGAAGGUUUCAGCCUCGAUCUGCAAACACGACGCCAGGAACGACUCAACAGCGCGGAAGAGCAAAAGUUAAUGCAAAAGGUAAUCCUAGUUCCGACAACAUACACGAACGGGAUGCCGGUCCGAUCACCUGAGCCCAUGUCUCGAAAAAACAACUCAGACCAUGUUAUCCACGAGCUGAAUGACAUUCUCAGUUCAUAUUAUAGCGUUGCCCGCAAGCGAUUUGUUGAUAAUGUGUUGCUACAGGCUGCACAUUACAUGCUCGUGACUGGCCCAGAUACGCCUUUGCGGCUACUCUCACCGUCUUAUAUCCUCAGUCUUUCUGAAGAGCAGCUUGAAAAUAUUGCAGGGGAAGACCCGAGCACGGCAAGGAAACGUGGCAGUCUCAGGAAAGAAAUAGAAGGGCUCGAAAAGGGCCGAAGGAUUCUCCUGUGA